AUUUGUAUGUCAUUGACCUUUCUUGGUUUAAAAUACCUAUAAAAUAGGGUGCUACAAAAUACAAUAGGUAAACUAAAAAUGAUUUUCAAAGUCAUCAUAUUUAGCACUUUGUCCCUAAAUUUGUUGUGCGUCUUCACCUUGGCCUUCGAUCCACGCCCCCUACAAGAUUUCUGCGUUGCAGAUCAGACAAGCUCAGCAAGAUUAAGUGGCGCGCGAGCAUGCAAGGACCCCACCAAGGUGGAAGCAGACGACUUCUUCUUCAGAGGAGGACUGCAUCUGGCUGGAAACACGUCAAACCCGACGGGGUCUGCCUCCACCACCGUGGCAGUGGACCAGAUCCCGGGGCUCAACACAAUGGGGUUGAUAUUACUGCGCGUGGAUUUGCGGCGGAAUGGCUCUUUUCCGCCGCACAUCCACCCAAGGGCCACUGAGCUGGUGACGGUUCUAGAAGGUUCCAUGGAGAUCGGGUUCGUUACCUCCCACCCCGGUUCCAACAAGCAUUUCAGCAAAGUUGUUAGGAAAGGGGACGUGUUCGUCGUCCCCGUGGGGCUUGUCCAUUACGCGCGUAAUGUCGGCAAAGGGAAGGCCGCCGCCUUGGUGGCCUUCAAUAGCCAGCAUCCGGGCUUCAUCUUCGUUCCAAGCGGCGUUUUUGGGACCACGCCGCCGAUUGAUGCCGGUUAUCUUGCUAGUUCGUUUAUGCUGGAUCAGAAAAUCGUGGAAGAUCUUCAGAAAAAGUUUUAGAAGCUUAAUUUACUCUUCUGUUCGUCUCAGAAUUUCUGUAUAUGAACUACUUCACGUGGUUUUAAUUAAAUUAUGAGCAUUUUGUUUUUCA